AUGGCAGUUCUGUCAGCCGUGUGGAUUCCUGUGCUGUCCCUGCUGCAGCUGGCUCACUGCUCUGUCACCUAUAGACACACUCCAGUCCCAAGCUCAUCUACAGAAAAAUGUCUGUGUCCUGCAGGAGAUCCACUGUUUGUGGACGAGCAGUCAGCGACCACCUUCCUGUCCCGUUCGCUGCUCUAUAACAGCUGGGACUUUGAGCUGGUGGUGUCUGACAAUCUGGAGAGGGAGUGUGUGGAAGAGACGUGUACUUAUGAAGAGGCCAGAGAGGUGUUUGAGGAUGACACUCAGGCGGAAAUAUUUUGGACCCAAUAUGUCAACAGUCAUGCGAAUACACCCAGAGUGGAUGUGUCAGGGCUGGUGGCAGGGAUCCUGGCUAUCCUAGUGACUGCUGUUUUUGCAACUGUGCUGGGAAUCUACUGCUACAAGGCCAAGAACAAGGGUGGAAGGAGUUCAGCCCAAGUUCCAGUGAGGAUGGCACAAGACGGGCGUCCAGCCCCAGAGAUGGUGCCCCUGGCUGGCAUAAUGGCCCCAGGACUACCCAGCUACAAUGACGCUCUAAACCACAGUGGGCAGCAUGAUGCCCCACCACCACCUUAUUCAGGGGGUGCGCCAUCAGAGCCUCCCAACCCAGAAGACAACGAUUGAGAGAACUGGCAGAGCUUCUUCAUUAUGGUUGAUGGGCACUGGCG